AUGCUUACCCGGCCGCCGCCGCUCUUCGGCGCCCCCAUCGGCAUUCUGCCGCGAUGCUUCCCACGUUCAGUCCCGGCCUUGAACACUACAGUCAAAACAACAGCAGCCACAAAAGCCCUCGGAUCACCCGUUAAUAUCGUUGCCGCUUAUCAUUGGCAGGGUCCGUCCCAGUUACGAUGGCAAUCACAACUACGUCGUCCUCAGGCGCAAACUCAGGUUCAGGCAGGAAGGACGCCAACAGUUGCAGAAACGGUCCAACUGAGUGGAAAGAGCCCUUCGCUAGUAAUGCGACUUGUCGGUGUCAUCUGGCUGGCUUCAACUUCAACUCGGUCAUCAUCGCCAUCGUCGCAAAAGGAAAAGAGAGGAGUAGUACAGGCUAGCAACGGAGGAUCACAUGCCAGCAAUGGAGGGGAACAACAGGCACAACUACCACCAACUGCUACGAAUGGGAUUCCACAACUUAAGGCGCCGAAGCUUGAAUAUCCUGAGCGUUUGCUAAUUUACAAUGCCGGCAGGGGGAAGAUCAUCUUCAUCUCCCUCCUCAAACUCACCACGGUCUUGAUAUUCUCCGCCUUCGGCCUCUUCGUCGCCCCAAUUUACAUCGCCAAUGGGUCUCCCCUCACUGGUGCCGCCGUCUUUACCUGCGGCCUAACCCCCUUCCUCUUCCUCGCCCACUCCUCCCGUCCCUUCGUCGCCCAAAUCCACCUAACCAAGAUCCCCCCCUACGCCCGUUUGUCGUCCGACGUCCUCCUCCGCUUCGCCCGCUCUCUCCCUCCUCAAUCGGCCUCCCGUCUCGAAUUCGUCACCAUGUCUCUCAUCGGCAAGCCCCGCGUUGCCAGCGUCAGCGUAGCCGACCUGAAACCCGUCCCUUCUUCCCAGAGGGGUUUGUUCAAGAAGGCGAAUUUUGUCAGGGUUGACAAUCAAUCACCCACUGCUGUUGGUGCCAGCGCUGGUUCUGUUGGUCCUGCUGGUCCUUCUGCGAUCAACAAGAACAAAACACUGUCCUCCUACCAGCUCAAAAUCCAACAACUCCAAGCCCAACAGCAAGCCCUAAAGGACAAGAAGCAGCGAGGCUGGAAGCAAAGGCUUCUUGCGUGGGCGCGGUUCAAGAGGGUCAACGAGUUUUAUGUGACUGAUGUCCCGCAGAAGACGGCGGAGAAGAGGGGUGUGAAGGAGGCGAGGGUCUGGGAGGAGAUUCGGGGUUUGAUUGAGAAGAGGGCGGUCAGGGAGGCAGAGAAGAAGAAGGUUAUGUGA